AUAAGCAGAGAGACCCAACUCAACGCCGGCGCGCGUCAUGGGCACGCUCGUCGGCCACGUCGCACCGGGCGUGUGCUUCAUCGUCGUCGGCCUAUGGCACCUCUACAGCCACAUCAGGCUCUUCCUCCUGCGCCCCGCCUCCUACGUCGCGCCCGUAUGGUUCCCCGUGCGCGGCGCGCGCCACCUGGAGCUCAGCCUCGUCAUCGCCGGCGCCGUCGCGUCCAUCCUCAUGGAGCUCGUCGUCGGCCCAGCGAGGCACCAGCCGUUCGACUCCGACGGCACGGUUCCCUCCGACCACCUCCACAACUUCGAGCACGCGUCCAUCUCGCUCGCGCUGCUUGUCUACGCCGCGUCCGCCAUCCUCCUCGACGGCGCCUGCGCCGCCCGGCACCGGGCGCCGCCGUGCCGGGCCGGGGACGCGGUGUCCCAGCUCGCCGCCGCCGCGGCGUUCGCGCAGGAGCUGAUGCUGUUCCACCUGCACUCGGCGGACCACGUGGGCGUGGAGGGCCAGUACCACCUCCUCCUGCAGGGCGUCGUCGCCGUCACGCUCGCCACGACGGUCCUCGGCGUCGCCGCGCCCCGGAGCUUCGCGGUGAGCCUGGUGCGGUCGGCGAGCCUGCUGCUUCAGGGCGUCUGGUUCGUGGCCAUGGGUGUCAUGCUGUGGACGCCCGCGCUCCUGCCCAAGGGUUGCGUCCUGAGCCACGAGGACGGGCACGACGUAGCGCGGUGCCGCGACGACGACGGCGCGCUCGCCCGCGCCAAGGCGCUCGUCAACCUGCAGUUCAGCUGGUACCUGUCCGCCACCGUCGUGCUCGUCGUCGCGCUCUACCACCGGAUGUGCAGCCUCUACAAGGAGGAGCCGCGGUACGUGCCGCAGGUUAGGGGAAACGACCAUGGAGAAGAAGAUGAUGAUGAUGACGACGGCGAAGAGAACGACGACGUCGAGACAGCGAAAGGCGGCUCCGGGCGUGUGUUCGGCGAAGCGGCGCCGAUGGAGAUAUCACGGCCAUAAGCGGGACGAGAGAAGAAAAGGAUUUUCAGCGUGGGAACGUUUGUGUAAAAUGUCAUUUUGUGCGCAAAUAGACUUGGAGGUAAAUUGUAGCUUGGGGCGUGGUUCUUUGUUUGGUCGUCAGUCCUCACUGAUUGAGUUUUGGUAAGUUAUGCAUGUCUGAUCAGGUUUGUAAUAGCAUAUGCUGUGAUUGGAGGAGAGUUUGUAUAAUUAGAAAA